AUUUACAAAUAGCAGACGUGGGCAACGUAUUUCGACCUAUUUUUUUCUAUUAUUUUUCAAUAUUUUAGCACAGGGUGACCUCUUUUCUACCGAUGCGUAUCGAGACAUAUUGAAAAAUCACGAUCUCACGUCCGCCACCCUUCUCAAGUUAUUCUUUUGCGCAGAGGAGGCGAUAAAGGGAAGAACCAAAAAAAUGGUCCUCACCACUCUUCUUUUGUUUUUAUCAGUCAGUCCACUGGUGAAGCCCGAAAUGUUUACUGCGUUAGUUCACAUGGAGAAGUCUAUACAUGCGGAAAAAAGGUUAGCAAAGGAAAUUCGCAGCUACGUGACCAAGGAAAGGGAGCGUCUGAACGAACUAGAGCGCAUAGCUAACGAAUACGAGUCUCAUGCCGAAUCAGCAAUGGGGGAUAUGCAUGCUACUCUAGCCAAUCCAGUUAGUGCCUUCUUACUUGUUAAGAGGUUUACAACCGAUUGGAAUGAUGUUCUCAAUAAGUACAUGACGCCUAAUAACACAAAUCAGUUUAUUGCGUCCCUACCCCAACUCACUGAAGGAUUUCCAAGUCCUGAAGAUCUUGACGGUGCAGCGGUUGCUCUUCUGAGAUUGCAAGACACUUAUGUCUUACCUACUGAUAAAGUAGCAAAAGGGGAAAUUAAAGGAGUUCGUUACUCACCAAAGAUGACGGCUCAAGAUUGCUUUCAGCUUGGCAAAGUCGCCUACAGCCAAGGAGACUAUUAUCAUACAAUGCUCUGGAUGAAAGAAGCUCUCACUAUACUAGAAAAUGAAACAUCUAAAACCAUUGAAAAGCCAAUUAUCCUUGAUUAUUUAGCCUAUUCAACUUAUAUGCAAGGAAAUUGGAUACACGCCUUAAACUUAACGAAAGAGUGGUUAAAUGAAGAACCCAACCAUGUUAGAGCACAGAGUAACCAUGAUUACUAUUCAAAAUUAAUUAGAGAAGCCAAGGAAAAUGGGAAGAAAGAUGAAGAAUUAGAUGUCGUCAAUAAUCCUAGACAGUUAGAUGAAUAUAGACAGAGUGAAGAAUUUGCAAAAUACGAAGCAUUAUGUAGAGGGGAAGAAACUCAAGUAUAUCCAUUAGCUCAUAAAUUAACUUGUCAAUACAAGAGGCACCAUCCAUAUUUUAUCCUUCGACCGUUGAAAGAGGAGAUCAUGUAUUUCGAUCCUUGGAUUGCUAUCUAUCACGAUCUAAUGACAGAGUCAGAAGUCAAGAGAAUACAGGAAAUGGCAGGUCCUAGGUUACAUCGAUCAGGAGUAUUUGUUACUGAAGAUAACAAAAGUCCAACUACAAAUUACCGCACAAGUCAGAGCGCAUGGCUAUCAGAUAAUGAUGAUCCUCUAAUACGAGCAUUUUCUGGAAAGAUUCACUUGAUGAGCAAUUUAACAUUACCUACUGCUGAACAUUUACAGGUCGUUAAUUACGGUAUUGGUGGUCAUUACGAACCUCAUUUCGACUUUGCCAGGAAGAGAGAAAUAAAUACGUUCGAAUCAUGGCGUGGUAAUCGAAUAGCCACUGUCAUAUUUUAUAUGACUGACGUCGAAGCGGGCGGUGUAACGGCGUUCCCGAACCUGGGCGUUAAAUUAUAUCCAGAGGCUCGAUCGUGUGCUGUCUGGUACAAUCUCAUGAAAAGUACAGAGGGCGAUUAUCGAACCAGACACGCCGGAUGUCCGGUUCUGACUGGAUCGAAAUGGGUGGCGAACAAAUGGAUACACGAAAGAGGUCAAGAGUUCACAAGACCGUGUUCCUUGAAACCGGAAGAAUAG